AUGGAACCCAAUAACAAGGCUGAGGCCGACGCUCUACCAAACGACGAUAGCAACAAUGCCGUCGAAUACCCCAAUGCUUUCCGGGCAUCCUGUGUUUCUGUCGGAGUUGCCUUCGGUCUCUUUCUGGUCGGUCUGGACAUGGUAAGCGCCAAUAUCCCGCUUCUUCUUACGAUUGUUGCGGCUGCAAUCCCUCGCAUCACCGAUGAAUUUAAGGGUAUCAAUCUUGUUGGCUGGUACGGCUCUGCCUACUUCAUCACCCUGGCCUGCUUCCAGCCCUUCUGGGGCAAGGUCUACCCGUUCUUCUCGAUCAAGUAUACCUUCCUGGCCGCCAUCUUCAUCUUUGCCAUUGGCUCGCUGGUUGCUGGCGUUGCACCCAAUAGCACCGUCCUCAUCUUCGGACGGGCUGUCAUGGGCAUGGGAGGCGCAGGUAUCGCAUCAGGCGGAUACGCUAUCCUGGGCGUUGUUGUACGCCCACAGCUACGGCCCAUCUUCACCGGCCUUAUAACCACCAUCUAUAGCAUCGCCAACGUCCUAGGUCCGAUUCUAGGUGGCGUCUUUACUCAACAAGCCACCUGGCGCUGGUGCUUUUACGUUAAUCUCCCCAUUGGCGGGCUCGCAGCCCUUAUUAUCUUCUUCCUCUUCCACCCACCUAAAUCGGCCCACAAUACACCACUUAAGGAGAAGUUAUCACAUAUGGACCCUAUUGGUAUCGCUCUUGCCCUUGCCUCGCUCAUCCUUUUUACCCGCGUAUUUGAGAUUGCCGGCAUCAAGGAGAAAUGGAACUCACCUUCGGUUAUUGGCUUCCUUAUCGCCUGUCCUAUCUCUAUAAUUGCCUUUAUAGUCUCACAGUACCUUCAAGGCAACCAUGCUCUCCUUGUAGCACAGCACCUCAAACGGCGUAUCGUUGUUGUCGGUAUGGCCUAUGGCUUCUUCCAUGAGGGUGCCUUCUACCUCCUUCUCUACUAUAUACCAAUCUACUUCCAGGUUGUCAAAGACGCCUCUCCUUCUCAGGCCGGUGUCUAUAAUCUUCCCCUACUAAUCAGCUGCGGCGUUGGCUCGUUACUGGCAGGUACCCUAGUCUCGCUCACUGGACACUAUGUGCCCCUUAUGCUCUGGGCUGCUGCCGGCGGCUGUAUUGGUUCGGGCCUUAUCUACACCCUUAAUACAACCUCUCCAUCUACACAGUGGAUUGGUUAUCAGAUCCUUGCUGGCCUUGCGUAUGGUUCCGGCCUGCCCUUAGCUAUUAUAGCAGCCCAGGCCCGUACGAAGCCAGAAGACCUUGCCUCUACCACAGCUAUGAUGCUAUUUUCCUUCUGUGUUGGCACAUCGACCUCCCUAGCCGCUGGCCAAUCCGUCUUAAGUAACUUUCUCCUAUCAAAAUUACCCUCUCUGGCUCCAGGUGUCGAUCCUCUCCAAGUUAUUACCACAGGGGCUACUGAAAUCCGUCAUGCGUUCCCCGAAGCUGCUAUUCCCGGUAUUGUUCAGGCCUACCUCUUCUGUCUACGUGUUAUCUUCUUAAUUGUCACUGCAUAUGCUGGCAUUGCAGUCUUGUGCACCUUCGGGAAUAGAUGGCAGCGGUUAAAGUUAUAG